CGUCGUACGACCAGAUUUUAUUCUACAAAUUUCCAGCUUACUUUUGCAUGUCGAACGAUCUCUCUUUCGGUUGUGCUGUUCCGUCUUGUGUAAAAAGAUAAGAGGGAAAUAUGUACGAAGCGACCCACCCAUAGAGUACCGAAAAAUCCUAACCGCCGAAAAAACGACGUCGUUCCGCUCGCGGAUCAGAGGUACGAUCGGUGCCGAUAAAACGCUUGUCUCGCUUGAUGCAGAAUCGCCGAGGCGUUAUGUGGAGGGUGAGGUGACGAUUCACUAUCGCUCGCCGGUGCGUACAGAGGCGAAGGAACCGCUGAGCGAGGAGGAGCUCGCGCGUCGCAGCGCGGAGAACAUGCGGCGCGUCUACCAGGAGGAGCGCCGUCGCAAGUACCUCCAGGAGUUGCACGACAUCGACUCCCGCAGGCACACGGAUAAUUUCAUGUGAGUACCAGGAGUAUCCUUCCCUUCCGCUUCUCUUCAGUUCGAAGAGUCAUGGAGACUCAUGGAGAGAUCGCGAAUUGAGGAACCGUCCGCCGAAGCGAGUCGCGUGGCCGGACCUCGCUUCCGAAUCUCAUAAGAUUUAGAAGGUCUCUCGUUAAUGUGCAUUUUUUUCCGUCAUCAUCUUUCUGGACUUCUUUCAAACGGGAGAGUAAUACUUUUAAGGAUGACGCGCAUUGAGAAACCGUGCCGAGGCGAGUCACGUGGACGGAUCGUUUUCGAACCUCGUAAGAUUUAGAAGUUCUCGUUGUAAACGUGUGAUUUUUUUUUUUUUUCGUACAUUUUUCUGCGUUUCUACCAUUUCUUUCAAAUACUUUUGAAGAUGACGUUAAUAACGCGCGUCACGGCGAAAGGCAUGUGCAUCUUCA